AUGAAGGUGGAUGAAGCAGGAGUUAUAGAAUGCUUAAAUCUUGGUCAGACAUCUAAGAUGCCACAGUCAUCUACUGAAUUCCAGGCCAUUGCCAAUGGUCUCUUGACUUUUGUCUCACCACUGAAUGACUCUGGGAGAGACACAAAGAAACACCUUGCGGUGCGCAAACAGAACGACUCAGAGGAGGAGGAGGAGGAGGAGCGGGAGCGGGAGCGCGAAGAGGACCAGGAGGCGCCACCGCUGCUGCCGCCGGGUGGGGGGGGGGGGGGAGGAGUCUGGCGCUGGGGACAGAGCCCUGGCGGUGAGCUCCAGGACGAAGAAGAAGAAACUGAAGAAGUUUUCAAAGUGAAGAAAUCAAGUUAUAGCAAAAAAAAAAAAAAAAUAGUAAAACUACUUAAGAAAGAAUAUAAAGAAGAUCUUGAAAAAUCAAAGGUUAAGACAGAACUCAAUUCAUCAGCUGACGCUGAACAGCCUUUGGACAAAGCAGGACAGACUAAAGAUCUGAAUCUAGAAGAUGGGGCCAUUAUCUGUGAACAUGGGGAAGAAGAAAUGGAAGUGGAAAGUGAGAAGGAAGAAGAAAAGCCAAAAGUUGGUGGAACUUUUUCAAGUGCUUUGUCGUCUUUGAAUGUUUUGCGUCCAGGGGAAAUCCCAGAUGCUGCUUUUAUCCAUGCUGCUAGGAAAAAACGCCAAAUGGCCCGUGAACUUGGUGAUUUUACACCGCAUGAUCAUGAACCUGGUAAAGGCCGCCUUGUUCGAGAAGAUGAAAAUGAUGCCAGUGAUGAUGAUGACGAUGAUGAGAAACGUAGAAUAGUUUUCUCUGUUAAAGAAAAGUCACAGAGGCAAAAAAUUGCAGAGGAAAUAGGUAUUGAGGGGAGUGAUGACGAAGCCUUAGUAACUGGGGAACAGGAUGAAGAACUAAGUCGAUGGGAACAGGAGCAGAUAAGAAAAGGAAUUAACAUACCUCAGGUUCAAGCAAGUCAGCCUGCCGAAGUGAACAUGUACUACCAGAAUACUUACCAGACAAUGCCUUAUGGUUCAUCGUAUGGCAUUCCUUACACUUACACAGCCUAUGGAUCAUCAGAAGCCAAAUCUCAAAAAACAGAUAAUACAGUCCCUUUCAAAACUCCCACUAAUGAGAUGACUCCUGUUACUAUUGAUUUGGUAAAGAAACAGCUUAAAGACAGGUUAGACUCCAUGAAAGAAUUACACAAAGCAAAUCGACAGCAACAUGAGAAACAUCUGCAAAGCCGAGCGGAUUCUACCAGGGCUAUUGAAAGAUUGGAAGGGUCUUCUGGGGGUAUUGGUGAACGGUAUAAAUUUUUGCAAGAAAUGCGAGGGUAUGUCCAAGACUUGCUUGAGUGUUUCAGUGAAAAGGUGCCACUGAUUAACGAACUUGAAUCAGCAAUGCAUCAGCUGUACAAACAGCGAGCUUCCCGCCUUGUCCAAAGAUGACAAGAUGAUAUUAAAGAUGAAUCUUCGGAGUUUCCAAGCCAUUCAAAUAAAGCUCUGAUGGCACCAAAUCUUGAUUCUUUUGGCCGAGACCGAGCCUUGUAUCAGGAACAUGCAAAGCGGAUUGCAGAACGGGAGGCCAGGAGGACUCGCCGCAGACAAGCCAGGGAGCAAACCGGCAAAAUGGCAGAUCACCUCGAAGGUCUUUCCAGUGAUGAUGAGGAAACAUCAACAGAUAUUACUAAUUUCACUCUGGAAAGAGAUCGUAUCUCAAAAGAAUCCACUAAGAUUUUUGAAGAUGUCCUUGAAAGCUUCUAUUCGAUUGAUUGUAUUAAAUCACAGUUUGAAGCAUGGCGUUCUAAAUAUUUCACUUCUUAUAAGGAUGCUUAUAUUGGUCUUUGUUUGCCAAAGUUAUUCAAUCCUCUGAUAAGAUUGCAGCUUCUCACUUGGACUCCGCUAGAGGCAAAAUGUCGUGACUUUGAAAGUAUGCUGUGGUUUGAAUCAUUGCUAUUUUAUGGCUGUGAAGAGCAAGAACAAGAAAAGGAAGAUGUAGAUGUUGCAUUACUACCUACCAUUGUGGAAAAAGUAAUUCUCCCUAAACUAACAGGAAUAGCUGAAAAUACAUGGGACCCUUUCUCUACUACACAGGCAUCUAGAAUGGUUGGGAUUACACUGAAAUUGACAAGUGGAUAUCCUUCAGUGGUAAAUGCAGAAAAUAAAAACACACAGCUAUAUUUAAAGGCACUCUUACUAAGAAUGAGAAGAACGUUAGAUGAUGAUGUAUUUAUGCCCUUGUAUCCCAAGAAUAUCUUGGAAAAUAAAAACUCUGGCCCUUAUUUGUUUUUCCAGCGACAGUUCUGGUCUUCAGUUAAGCUUUUAGGAAACUUUCUCCAGUGGUAUGGCAUUUUUUCAAACAAAACCCUUCAAGAAUUAUCCAUAGAUGGUUUGCUAAAUAGAUACAUCCUUAUGGCUUUUCAGAACUCUGAGUAUGGGGAUGACAGCAUCAAAAAAGCCCAACAUGUAAUCAACUGUUUCCCCAAACAAUGGUUCAUAAAUUUGAAAGGAGAAAGGACUAUAUGCCAACUAGAAAACUUUUGUAGAUACCUUGUUCACCUGGCAGAUACCAUUUAUAGAAAUAGCAUUGGCUGCUCUGAUGUAGAAAAAAGAAAUGCCAGGGAAAACAUAAAACAGAUAGUAAAGCUUCUUGCAAGUGUUCGAGCUCUGGAUCAUGCUAUGACCGUUGCAAAUGACCACAAUAUGAAAGAAUUAAAGUCUUUAAUUGAAGGAAAAUAGAACUUUCAUACUGAAAACCUAAUAUGAGCUUUAAAAAUCCAUUCCUGAUGUAUAAUUUUUGUAUAUAUGUAAAGUUUCUUAAACUGUAAAGUAUUGAUUCUUGUUUUAAUAGAGCAUUAUUAUAUAUAGUACUGCAACUUUAAACACAGGAUGAGGAGCCCAGAAUGAUUAUAUCCAGGAAUGCAAAAGUGUUUUCCUUAUUGCCUAUCAUA